ACCACUUUGAUGAGCUUCAUAGCUCAUCGGAUUCCUCCCGUCAAACUAUUCCGAUUUAGCUCCUUGCACAAGGGCCCCGCGUGAACCACACUGCGCGAGUGCUCCGACCGCCCCCGCUGUUGCUGCCGGUAGCAACGCCGCCUCUUCUGCUGCCGGAGGAAGGCAACAGUGGCAGGGCGGAUGGGAUUGUGGGAAAUGGCCUGUCAGCGCCGGCGUGCGCCCGGCUGGCGCCUGUUCCUCGUCGCCUGCUUCCUCUCCUGGCUGCUCGCGCUCGCCGCCGUGUGCCUGCUGCUGGGCGACGUGAAGCGCGACACCUACGCUCCCGCCGCCCUCUCACGCUCGCUGGGCGCCGUCACUCGACUCCUGGGGAGCGGCGGCGGCGGCGGCGGCGGCGGCGCCGACCGCCGCUACCCGGGACCCUCGCGGAAACCUCCGAGCGCCGGCGACGACGGCUUCCGCGGGCCGGCGCGGCCGGGUCCGGCGGAAUCCUUCGUGGGGAAUCCGCCCCGGGCUUUGCUGCUCGCCGAUCAGGAAGAGAGGCGGCUCGGGGCGGGGGCCGAGCUCUCGCCGCCGCCGCCCGCGGAGGCCGGAGGCGAAGGAGGCGACCGGCCGGUGUUCCGGAGGGCGCCCGGCAGGAGCGGCGUCCUGAAGGUCGUGUCGCGCGACGGCGUCGCGCCGGCGGGAGGUCCCGGGGGGAAGGGCUGGGCGAGACCGCGACCCCAGCAACCCCGACCCCAGCAACCCCGGCCGAGACAUCGACAACCCCGGCGGCCCCAACGGCGGGCCGCGCCGCGGCCCGCGCCGCGGCCCGCCGCGUGGCCGCGCGCGGUCCACGCGGCGGGCGUGUGGGACGAGGGCACGGGCUCGCGGCAGCUGUCGCCGCGCCUGCAGCGGGCGCGCGAGAAGUACAUCGAGCAGAACAAGCACGGCGUGCGCUACGCCGGAGCGGCCGGGCGGCCUCCUUCCACGGGGCCGCUGUCGGCGGCCGGCCGGCGCGACCUCCUGUGCCUGGUGGCCGAGCGGGUGACGGCGCUGCGGUCGACGCUCACGCUCGGAGGCUCCGAGCCGCCCUUCUCCGCGAUGGGCGCGUGGAGGGAGGCGCUGGACGCCGGCGGGCUGGAGCGCGCCGUGUCCGGGGGACGUUCGCUGGAGCGCUGUGCCGUCGUGUCGUCGGCGGGAGCCAUGCUCGGGUCGGGGCUGGGGCGAGAAAUCGACGCUCACGAUGCUGUGCUCCGUUUUAACGCCGCGCCGACCGAACACUUCGAGAAGGACGUCGGGACCAAGACCACGAUCCGUCUCGUCAACUCCCAGAUCCUGGCUCGGCCUCAGAACAACUUCUCCCGGAGCACUCUCUACCGUGACGUCACUCUGCUUGUGUGGGACCCAGCGCCGUACUCGCUCAACCUCACGCAGUGGUUCCACGACCCGGACUACAACUUCUUCCCCGCGUUCCUGCGCCGCCGGCAACGCCACCCAACGCAGCCGGCGUUCGUGCUGCACCCCGCCUACCUGUGGCGCAUCUGGGAACUGCUGCAGGACAGCGCCAGUGAGCACAUCCAGCCCAACCCGCCCUCCUCCGGCUUCCUGGGCGUCGUGCUGAUGAUGUGGCUGUGCGACGAGGUGAACGUUUACGAGUUCCUGCCGUCACGGCGCCGCACCGACCUGUGCCACUACCACGAGGACUACACGGACCGGGCGUGCACCGAGGGGGCCUACCACCCCCUCCUCUACGAGAAGAACUUCGUCAAGAGACUCAGCACCUCCUCCGACCACGACCUCUUCUGGGCCGGGAGGGCCACCCUGCCGGGACUGAGGAGGGCGAUGGAGAGCUGCCCACCGCGGGCUCGCCAAUAAUCGUAGCCGCCUCACUCUUGUGGUCGACGACAUCAUCGUUGUUGCUCACCGUCACGGAUGGGAAUGACGAUCGCUGGGAUUACGUCACACCAGUCAUCGCCACCUCAACGUCAACACUGUGACGACGACGACGAUGACGACGAUGAUGACGUUAACAGGUGAUUGUGGUCGGGAGGUCCGCAAUUCUCAUCCAUUGGCUGCUGUACUGGGCCCUGCCGCUGGAACGUGGAAUUUAUAGUGGUGUCGCCAUGUAAACCUUCUACCCUUGCCGCCACUGUUGACCCAUAACAACAGCACCAGUAAUUGCCGCGAGGGACUUUACCAAAGCAAUCCUGAGUUUCCACGAUGUCAUCAUUCCCGUGAGCAAGCCGUUACGUUUACGGUCAAUGUCCUUUCAAGAGCGAUUGUUUUUUUUUCCAAUCCAACCGGGAAAACGGAAUCGGCCAACGAUUGCCGUUUAUUUAUGAUUUGAAAAACCACAAUAACGACGCUGAACGUCGUUUUUUUAAAGAGAGGGGGAGUGACUAUUAUAAACUUUUCCUGGUUCAUUCGAGGAUGUGGGGACGGACGCUGCAGAAAGCUUGACAACCAGUGAAUGGACUCCAACCUAGGAAGCUGCGGUGUCGUGUAUCUGUAUUUGUCCCGUUUAGAAUAAUUGGCUGCUAUAAAUUUCCACGUGACAAUAAGCCACUUAGUUGAGCCAUCAUUUGUGGCCAAGUCGCUUCCGGAAAAAGAGCUGACACAGGAUUAGCUCAGUGGGGCUUCAACAAAAUAAAAGUUUAGUUUAUCUGUGAUCCGGCACGAUUGAGGAAAGGGUCAGCAGAUCAUACGGAGAUUUUACAAAACUCCCAAACCCGCUAGGUGCUUCGGGUUAAGCCAGAUGUGCGGUACAACAAGCGGGAGGGGGGUAGGGAUGGUUGCGAACCCAUCUGUGUGGACCUUUCGAGCAUUAACCCAUCGUGUGCAAGGUGGGGUUUUCUCCAGGUGGUCCGGGUUUUAGGACAAUUAACGGAAAACAAACGGAAUUUGUUUCGACAAUUGAAUUGUUUCAACGAUUGACAGUUCGAUAAUUGAAUUUUUUAACAAUUCAAUUGUUUCGACAAGCAACAGGAUAGUUUUAAUAAUUCGAUGCUCAAUAUGGCCUGGUUCAGGACUCUCCUGAAAAUGAGUCCUGAGAUUCGGCGAGUGAGACGAGCGCGCGAGUCUUCCCUCGAUGGCGUCAAUUAUUUUUCAACUUUUUAACACCUGGGAUUUUUUCCGCAGCAUAAUGCUGCGUUUCACGAUCGAUAAUCCGGGUUCGGUCCCCCGACAUCGUGAUUUGUGCCACAUUUGUGUUGUGUUAAUUUACCACUCCACCACCCAACGCAGUCAAACAAGAGAAUUGCCACGCAGUGUCCGCGUGUCUAACAACACGCUACAUUAUUCUCCUUAUUCUUUUAGCUCACUCACCGGCAAGCUGAAGAACAAUUAUCAACAAUAGAAAUUAGAAACUCGUUGCUAAUUGUACAAGUGACUGCUCAUAGGCUGCGUUGGAUGGUGGAGGGAAUUGGCAAACGCAAAUUGAGAUGUGUCGACAACAUUCACAUUGUUUUAUUGCGGAGCCGUGACAAACGGUGGAUUUGCCAGCAUGAACUGCGUGAGAGUUCUUGGAGCUGGGAGCGGGAAUUCAGCUUCUCUGACGUACAUUCGCGGGCGCUUCGGCUGGCUUCGUUGAUGAUCCUGAACACGACCGAUCCCAGUAAUAGGAUGUUCAAAUGUACACCCGGUUCACUGUCUGGUAAGCCGACUAGGUUGGUGUACUAAAACAUACAGAUAUAUACACGCAAAGUACAUAAUACCAAAGCCAUAUGUUAAGUAUGGUAUCCGCGCCGUGCGCGCAUGACGGAGCGGUAGGGUGCGGUGGUUACUGCCCUACACAACGAAACCCAGAGACGUAACACCAGGACCAAAACGGUGACCUUGCCCUGGGCCUCCCCUAAAUUUGACUUGGCCAUAAAUGAGUGCCUUGGCACGGCGUGUGAACACCGGUGCCGGGGAGACAAAGACGGCGGGGCUGGCGUGGUGCUACCUUGCACCACCACCUCUCCUUUGCCGUGCCGUUCGCUCGCCAACAGCUACCAAGAUCUGUGAGGCCAAAUGGAGGAUCUGUACAUGUCGACUACAGUGAUUUGUUGAUGUUAAAAUAUCAAUCAUAUUUUGAUAAGGGGCCCUCAAUGCAUGCAAUACAGAACUCUCAUCUCAUCCGAUCGUAGUAAAGCAAAACCCUCAUUGAUUCAGAGGAUUCUCACAAUCGGCGUAUCGUCAACGAAUCACUGCGAUUCAUUCACGCGCGCACGCGCAGAGACAAGUGACACACUCAAUGCUCAGAUGAGCAUCGGUCAUUGCUCGCGUCUUUGGGCUAUUCUGAGAGUGGUGGAAAUUCCACAUUUUUUUUCCCCCAUGGAGGGGGCUGGCCUGUCCCAUAAGACGAACGUUGUUGAAAUCCCCACGAAGUUGCAUCAGAUUUAUCGACCCCCCCCACAGAGAGAUUAUGAACCUUGUCGGCCCGCACCAGGGUUUGAACUCGCAACUUACCGGUCACGAGUCAACCGCUCCGACCACAGGGGUCAUGCUUUGCACAGACUGUGCCCCGCCAAAGGAAUGUGGAAUUUCUACCGCUGCGCUGGGGGGGGGGGGGGGGGGGGUUAGCCUGUGGAUAUUGAGCUUUGGUCACAACGUUCACGUGGGACGGUUAGGUUUUUUUUUUCACUUAAAAAUUAAAGUACGAAUAAACUGCACUAAACACGAGCGUAAAGAAACCCCUUUGUACAAACAAACAAAAAAUUGGACGUUUUUUGAUAGACCCCCUUUAUACAUAAACGUUGCGUGCAUAUUGCUCGUCAACAGUCACUUGUUAAUUAUUUUAUUCGCACGCGGGUACUGUAUAUCCCAUGAUGGAACUUGGGAUCUUUGUGGAAACGUUUUUAAAAAAAAAAGUAAAUAAAAAAAACUUCCGAGGCUUGAUAAA